AUGAGGCACGAACACCUUGCUUGGUUAAACCUCCGGAAGAGCGGUGAGAUUGGGACAAGUGGGAUGGACUGGAACUGGCACAGGAUGAUGACUCUUGAGAAACUGACAGGGGCUGACAUAUUUCCUUUUUUGUGUUUAGAAGAUGAAGAGAGUACGCCUCCAUCGUCACCACCACCAGUAGCUGCCGUCGCGCGCCGCAAGUUUGAUGACGAGGAAGACAGCGACGAUGUUCUCGAUGACUGGGAGGCUGCCGAGGACAGCGAAGUUGAGCGCGAGAAGGCCCAGAAGGCCGCUGCUGCUAAAGCAAAGGCCGAGGCCGAAGCGUUAGCAAAUAAGAAGAGCCGCUCCCAGCGGAUAGCCGAGCACCAGGCCGCCGCUGCACGACGACGAGCAGAGGAAGAGUCGGAGGAAGAAAGCGAUUCGGAAGAAGACCUGGCCGCCAAGCGUGAGAAGCUACGCCGAACCGAACAAGAUGCGGACCUGAAGCACGCCGAAGACCUGUUCGGAGACAUCGAUCUGAACCGCACCCGCAACCGCACCGCACCCAACAAGAGCGUGAUAUCAGACGCCAACGAUCCCACCAAAUCUAUCGACCUAGCCUCAAUCCCUCUCUUUAAACCCGGCACAAAACCACAGUUCACGGCCCUGACCAAUGCCCUCGUGCCACUACUGACAGCCCAGUCCAAGAAGCCAGCAUAUACCCUCUGGCUGCAGGACUUCACCAAGCAACUGGUCAAGGAUCUCCCCAGCCAGGAAAUCAAGAAGAUUGCCAGUGCCAUGACGGCUGCCAGUAACGAGAAGCUCAAGGAAGAAAAGGCCGCUGACAAGAGUGGAAAGAAGACCAAGGCCGCUAAGACCAAGACUAGCCUCGUUGCUACUCGUGGAGCAGACCUGAACGCUUACGAUGAUGUUGGUGACGACUCUGCUUCGUUUGAUAUAUCCCUGAGUUAA